GUUGUUUUUUAUUAAUUCACGCAUACUGGUUCACAAUCAUUCAACAUCCUCAUUUCAGUCGCUCAAAUUCAGUCUUCCUAGAUGACCUUCCGGAAGACAGACAUAUCCUGCAUUUUAGUAAUCAUUGAAAUCAAGCAAUUAUAAUGUUCCGUUAACUUGCUCAUGUCACGAGUUCAUCAUUGUGCAUUGCAUACACGUACCAGACAUCUUCUCAGAAAUGAUUUACAUGAUUAUGUGCUUCGUAAUAUUAUGUGGAGUUCCAACAUACUUGUCUCUCUCAAGUGAUCGUUGUUGUCAAAUCAGUCAGCAAGAAUCUCCAAGGUAUAAGCUGUUGAAAACAGGGAUUCGUUCAACUCAGACUGUCUUGUCGAGGAAGCAAGUUCCCGACUUGGCAGAUUGUAUAAAAUUUGCAGUUUCAAAGAAGGCAUUGGCUUUUAAUUUUAGUAACAACAUAUCGAGUCAUGGAAACAGUUCACAGCAUCAUAAAAGGGAAGGUCUAGACAAUGAAAAUUGCAUCCUAUUUGAAUGCCCCGAGUUAAAUAAUUUUACAACCAUUACGAAUGACACUCGGUUCAAAUACUACAGCAUGUAUCGUGGUGAUCUUAUGAUAUGUAAGUAUCAGUUAAAACUUAUCGAUAACAUUUACAAAAUAGAUUUAAUUUACUCUAAUACAUUUACAGCGAUUGGACAAGUACAAUGCAUACCAAAAGUGGGGAUUUUCCUAUUAUCCAUGAAUAAAAAAAAUUACACCAAGGCUCGUGAAUCUUGCCAAAAAUUAAAUGGAAGUCUCGCACACGUUGUCAGCGAAGAACGAACCGAAGGUCUAGCGAAACUCAUAUCGGAGUCCCUGACUUUCUUCGUAGGGCUCAGUAAUCGAGAUAAGGAAAGAAUAUGGACUAACGAAUUCAAUGAGCCACUGGAUUGUUUCAAUUAUCGUGCUUGGGGACCUAGAGAGCCUACUCAUUCUCGAGGAUGUGUCGGAUUGGUACAGCCGGAAGAUUUAUCAAUGGUGUACUGGAAGGUCUUACCUUGUGACUUAUCAACGUCUUACAUAUGUGAAAUAUUUCCCAUGCAACAACGUCGGUCCAAAGUAUCGUCAUAGAAGAAAAUUGCUAUUAUGCUUCAGCAACUUCACCCCAUUAGGAUUACAAUGGACAUAUGAAUAACUGGGAUAACGUACACCGAAUUACAAGUCCCGUCAGUAAGUACGUAGAGAAAGAUUUACUUCAGUUAAAUAUUUACAUACAAAUACGAAUAAUCUGGCACGACUCCGUGUGACGUGUUUGGCGCGAAAACAAGAGGAAAGAAAAAUAUAACUCUCAUUCUGUCCUCUA